AUCUUGAAAGCAGCUGUACUUGUAUCGUACGUGUUUUCAUUCGAUUGUUAUUUUAUCAAAAAUGGUAGCGUGAUACGGUGUUUACAAUAAUCAUAGAUGUGAUAAACGAAACAUGUCCAGCCGGCGUUCGUUGCUCGGUUCGGCUUUGGAUGCUUUACCAGCACCGACGGACCCACUACGGGAGUUGUUCGAAGCUUGCAAGACAGGGGACGCAGGUCGAGUUAAAAAGUUGAUUACACCACAAACUGUGAACGCUAGAGACACAGCUGGUCGUAAAUCAACGCCGCUACACUUCGCUGCAGGUUACGGACGCAGGGAAGUAGUGGAACUAUUAAUCGCAGGUGGAGCAGCACUACAGGCUAGAGAUGAAGGUGGAUUGCAACCGUUACAUAAUGCCUGUUCCUUUGGACAUGCGGAUGUUGUCAGAGCUCUGCUGACGGCUGGAGCGCCCCCAGCGGCAAGGGAUAACUGGGGCUAUACCCCAUUGCAUGAGGCGGCUGCUAAAGGAAAAGUGGAUGUUUGUAUAGCGCUCCUUCAACAUGGAGCUGAUCCAAACAUACGGAAUACAGAGGGAAAGACCCCGUUAGAUCUUGCUGAUGCCGCUACAAGACCAGUACUUACAGGUGAGUAUUGCGCUGCGGAUGUACUAGAAGCCGCUCGUGCGGGUGCUGACGACCGUCUCGCGGCGUUAUUGACACCUCUAAAUGUUAAUGUACACGCUGGUGAUGGCCGGCGAUCCACACCACUGCAUCUCGCUGCAGGGUACAACCGCGCCCGUGCUGUUAGGUUAUUACUGCAAAGAGGGGCUGAUGUUCAUGCUAAAGAUAAAGGGGGUCUGGUACCACUACACAACGCGUGUUCAUACGGUCACUAUGAGGUGACAGAACUCCUCGUUCGUGCUGGUGCUGAUGUCAAUGCGACUGAUUUAUGGGCCUUUACGCCAUUACAUGAAGCUGCAAGUAAAGCUAGGCUAGAGGUAUGUUCAUUACUGUUGAGUGAGGGUGCGGACCCCACUCUGCUAAAUUGCCACGGCAAGUCCGCUUUGGACGUCGCCCCAACUAGAGAAUUGCAGGAGAGAUUGGCUUUUGAAUACCGCGGACAUUGUCUAUUAGAAGCGUGUCGUCUUGCGGAGCCGGCAAGAGUCAAGAAACAGUUAACUGCAUCCUCACAAACACAGCAAUGCGUGUCUCGCGAGGGUUGUGUGCAGUCUCGGGGCGGGGGUGGAGGUGGUGGGGAGGAUACAGAGGCGUUGGUCAACUUCGCACACCUAAGUACUGGAGAUCGGCCACUUCAUUGUGCUGCAGCCAGUGUCUAUCCUAAAAGGAAACAGGUGAUGGAGAUUCUCAUCAGGAAAGGUGGAAGAGUAAAUGAGAAGAACAAAGAGGGACAGACUCCUUUACAUAUUGCGGCUGAACACGCACAUCUUGAUGCUAUGGAUUUAUUACUUCGACAUGGUGCGAAGGUAAACGCAUGUGAUUCUCGCGGCGAGAGCGCGCUGUGUGUGGCGGCGCGGCAAGACUCUGCGGCCGCGUGCCGGCUGCUGCUGGCUUGUGGUGCUGAUGCAGCACCUGAACGUACUGAUGCUGACAACCAUGAUACUGAUGCAUUCGCGAAAGCAGCAGCAUUACGUCUAUUGGAGGCAGCUCGUACUGGUGACGUGGAGACAGCUCGCGCCCUACUGGACUCCAGACCUCGGCUCGUCAAUUGCAGAGAUGUGGAUGGAAGGCAUUCAACACCGCUGCACUUCGCUGCAGGAUACAACCGUCUCCCUCUCGCGCAGCUGUUGCUGCAGAGAGGGGCUGAUGUUCACGCUAAGGAUAAAGGGGGUCUGGUACCACUACACAACGCGUGUUCAUACGGUCACUAUGAGGUGACGGAACUCCUGGUGUCAGCGGGAGCUGGAGUCAAUGCUGCGGAUCUCUGGAGGUUCACGCCGUUGCACGAAGCUGCUGCUAAAGGGAAAUCGGAUAUAGUCAGAUUGUUACUUAAGCACGGCGCGGAUCCGACGCGUCGUAACCGCGACGGUCUUACGCCGCUGCAGCUGGUGCGUGCGGGGGACUGCGACACUGCGGAUGCGCUGCGCGGUGAUGCCGCGUUGCUUGACGCUGCUAAACGCGGGGAUCUCGCUAGAGCCAAGAAACUGAUAACAGCACAGAAUGUCAACUGUAGAGAUGCACACGGCAGGAAUUCAACGCCUCUACAUCUUGCUGCGGGAUACAACAAUUUGGAGGUCGCAGAAGCAUUACUAGAAGCUGGAGCGGCUGUCUCGGCACGUGAUAAGGGCGGACUUGUACCCUUACAUAAUGCAGCUUCGUACGGACAUCUUGAAUUAGCAGCGUUACUGUUGCGCGCCGGCACUCCGCCGAAUGCAGCAGAUAGGUGGGGCUUCACACCUUUACAUGAAGCUGCGCAUAAAGCACGCACACAAUUGUGUGCGUUAUUGCUGGCUCACGGCGCAGACCCGUUCCUCAAGAACCAAGAAGGUCAGACAGCACUAGAGCUGGCGGGUGCAGACGACGUGCGCUCUCUGCUGCAGGACGCGAUGACUGGCGCUGCAGGGGGUGCGGGGAGUGCGGGAGGUGCGACGGGCGUGCAGGCCCCGCCCCCGCAACCGCCGGCCCCGCCCCGCCUCCCUAUACGUUUGCCAUCCGGCGAGACUGCUACACUAGCGCCACCGGUGAUGCCUUCCAACUACUGGGCGGAGGGUUCCCGCGGCAGUCUGGAGGACGCGGCCGGCAGACCUGCCUCCGCACUCUCCACUUCAGAGUGUCUGCAGACCUUCCUUGCUAGGAUCGGUCUGGAGCAGUUGUGGUGCGUGUUGGAGCGCGAGCAGAUAUCUGUCGACAUAUUGUCUGAGAUGUCGCACGAGGAUCUGCGCGCUGUCGGCGUCGCCGCGUAUGGACACCGGCAUCGCCUGAUCAAAGCCGCGAGACAUACGCUGCACACACAGUCAGAGUACUACGGAGGCACGACGCUGGUGGAGGUGGUGCCGGAGGAGUGUGGGGGCGGGGCUGGUGCGGCGGGGGCGGAGGGUGCGGGGUGCGGGGAGUACGGGAUGCUGGAGCGAGAGAUGCAAGACUCUGUGCGCGCACACCGCGACCAUGUGGGAGGACAGUUCUCAAGAUAUCGUGUUGUUAGGAUACAAAAGAUAGUUAACGGACGUCUCUGGGAGCGAUAUCAGCACAGACGUAACGAGGUGUCUGAAGAGGCGGGUGUACCAAACGAGAGGAUGCUGUUCCAUGGAUCACCAUUCAUAAACGCUAUCGUUCAGAAAGGCUUUGAUGAACGACACGCGUAUAUCGGUGGCAUGUUCGGAGCUGGUAUAUAUUUUGCGGAGCACUCCUCUAAGAGUAACCAGUACGUGUACGGCUUUGGUGGUGGCUCCGGAUGUCCCGCGCACAAAGAUCGUAGCUGCUAUCUCUGUCAUAGACAAAUGUUACUAUGUCGUGUAACACUGGGUCGGGCAUUCCAACUGUCCAGUGCGAUGAAGAUGGCGCACGCACCUCCAGGACACCACAGUGUGGCGGGCAGACCCAGCCAUGGUGGACUAUGUUUCCCGGAAUACGUUGUCUACAGAGGAGAACAGGCUUAUCCAGAAUACCUGAUAACAUACCAGAUAGUCAAUGAAGAGACAAACACUGGAUCUGUUUAAUAAAUAUUUGUGAUAUUUUUAUAGUGCAUCUAUACUCUAAAUGUCAAAAGACAAUCGAACUUGUCUAUGGUCGGAAUGUGAAACAAAAGUUAAUUAUCUGUGGUCGGAAUGUGAAACAAAGUUAUUUGUCUAUGGUCGAAAUGUGACACAAAAGUAAUUUGUCUAUGGUCGUAAUGUGACACAAAAAUUAUUUGUCUAUGGUCGGAAUGUUAAACAACAGUUAUUUGUCUAUGGU